AUGUCUACUCCGGUCUUAUCGCCUGCUGACUUGCCUUUUCCAAUUACUAUUGAUCAGCUUAUCACCCCCAUUGGUUCACAUGUAGAAAAAGGUCAACGAUUAUUUGCUUAUAAAUUUUGGUAUAUGGUUGAGAUCGCUCAGUCUCCAGAUAAUAAUGAUCCAACCUCAGAGAACUCCAGCGACCUAAGUGGGAACAAUUCUGAUAGUAACGAAAAUGGCAACAAUGCUAGUCAUCAAAAGAAAAGUAUUAGAGAAUCCAUAGAAUUUUUUGAAUCCCCUUUUGAAGGUGAUCUAAUUGGCUGGAAUGUAGAUAAGGGAGAUGAAAUUAUAUCUGAAAAUCAAUUACUCUGUGACAUUAAGAGACCUUGUAACCAUGAUAUUGUAUAUGCGGGAAUAUGUACCCAAUGCGGCAAAGAAGUUGAUGAUUCUGACAUAAUGGAUGCAAGCUUAUCAAUAUCACAUACAGAUACAAAUUUAAAAAUUAGCCGAAAGGAAGCACGAGAUAUUGACCAAUCCAGUAUGAGCAGAUUGAAAAAAAUAAAAAAAUUAAUCCUUGUGGUAGACUUGGAUCAAACCGUGAUCCACUGUGGUGUCGAUCCAACAAUUGGAGAGUGGAAAAACGAUCCUAAAAAUCCAAAUUAUGAAACAUUAAAAGAUGUUAGAUCUUUUUCCUUAGAUGAAGAACCAAUUUUACCACCUUCUUACAUGGGCCCAAGGCCGCCAGUUAGAAAAUGUUGGUAUUACGUUAAAGUUAGACCAGGCUUAAAAGAAUUUUUUGCUAAAAUCGCCCCUUUAUAUGAAAUGCACAUUUACACCAUGGCUACACGAGCUUAUGCUUUAGAAAUUGCCAAAAUUAUUGACCCGGAUGGCUCCCUAUUUGGAAGUAGAAUUCUUUCUCGUGAUGAAAAUGGCUCUUUGACUCAAAAAUCUUUAGAACGCUUAUUUCCAACAGACCAAUCAAUGGUCAUCAUUAUUGAUGAUAGAGGUGAUGUUUGGAACUGGUGUAAUAAUCUGAUAAAAGUUAUUCCAUACAAUUUCUUCGUUGGCAUCGGUGAUAUUAAUUCAAAUUUCUUACCAAGACAACAGAGCACAAUGCUACAAUUAGGUAUACGAUCUCAUAAAAAGAAAAAUACUAAUGAAACUUUAAAUAGUGAGGAUGACAAGUCUGAUUCUACUCUAAGUGUUCAUGAGAAAGAUAAAACGGAAGAAUUAUUAACAGAUAUAAUGGACACCGAAAAGAAAUUACAAAAAAAGAUAGAUGAAGAAGUUAGAAGACAGGAAAAAAAGCUAAUUAAAGAUGAAAUGCCAAAGCGGAAAAGUAUUUCAGAUGAGUCUAGCAAUAAUGAACUGUCCAAAAAGAUUGAAUUUUCAGCUUCUUUAGAAGUACAACAACAAAAUAGACCAUUAGCAACAUUGCAAAGACAUAGACAAAACCAAAGACUACUAAUUGAUGAUGAUGAUGAGCUAUUUUAUCUCAAAGAUAUUCUAACUGAGGUCCAUGACACGUUUUAUGAACAAUUAGAUGAAGAUAAAAAUGAAUCUGUGAGCAUUCAAACAUUAAUGCCUCGCCUGAAAUUUUCUGUUUUUAGUGGUUAUAAUUUUGUGUUUUCAGGUUUAAUUCCUUUGGGAACCGACAUUAGAAGGGCAGAUAUUGUAUUGUGGACUAAUAUGUUUGGUGCAAAUUCAACUGCAGAUAUCGAUGAGAAUACGACUCAUGUAAUCACGAAAACUGCUGGUACAUAUAAGGCUCGUUUGGCAAAGGCAUUUAACCCUGAAAUUAAGGUUGUCCAUCCAGACUGGAUAUUUGAAUGUCUUGUCUCUUGGAAAAGAAUGCCCGAGAAACCAUACGAAUUAAUCAUAGAACAACCUGCAUCAGAAGAAGAACUAGAAGAAUUUAAGAAAAAAUUAGAACUUAAGAAUGAACUAUUAGAAAAACGUGAAAUGGAAACUGAGGCACAGUUUGAAGCUUUAAACACGAGAGAUCCUGCGAUUGAUUUAUUUGCAAGUGGCACUUCUUGGCUAAAUGACGACGAUGAUGAUAUUCCAAUAUCAGAUUCAGACUCUAGCAUUGAAUCUGACACUGAGAAAAAUGAAGAAGAUUACGAGCCAAACUUAUCAGAUGGUAAGAGGUCAUUUAAGGAAGAAUCGACAGAUCAAAUGAGAAAUAAUAAAAAAUUAAAAAUUUUGGAUGAAAGUGAAUCUGAAGUUAAAAAGAACGAAGAGCAGGAAGACACAGACUUGGAAGAAGAACUGUUGAAUGCUUUGGAUGAUUUUGAUGAUGAUGAUGAAGGGGAUAAAAACAAUUAA